AUGAACACCGAGGAGGGCGUCGACCGCCUGGGUCUGGUGGCCGACGACCUCGCGGUGGCCUGCACCGUCUCCACCACCGGGCUGCUGCAGCUGUGGAGCCUGGGCGGCCCCCAGCCGGGCGCCCUGCUCGCCCGCCACGACUGCCUCCGCGGGGAGCCCGCGCUGCGCGUGGGGGAGUCCGACGGGUACGUCCUGGGCACCCUCUACGACGAGGGCUCCGGGGUGGCCCACGUGGCGGCGGGCGGUGUGGACGGCCGCCUCGGCCUCUUCCACCUCAACCUGGAGGCCGCCAGCUUCUCCGGGCUCGUGCCGCACGGCGCGGGCGGCGGGGGCCAUUCUGGCGUGGUGAGGUCCCUGGCGCAGCUGGGCGCGAGCAGGCGCUUCGCCACGGGCGGCGAGGACGGGCUCGUCUGCCUCUGGCGCCCCGCUGGGCGGAGGCCCGCGAGCGCCGCGCCCGCCGCGGCGGCUGGGAAGCGGCGGCGCCCGUGA